CUUAAGUGGUUUAUGUUUUUUGUAAAAGUUGAUAAAGAGGAUAUUAACAUUGAACUUUGAGGAAGUACAUGUAUAACACAACAGAAUGACUCCCUUGCUGUUUAAAGAUGCCUUUUGGGGAGUAGAUUUCACUAAUCAUCUGGGCUAUGAGGUUCUGAUACAGAGACUAUGUGAUGGCAGGCGGAUGUGCAAAGAUGUGGAGGAACUGCUGAAGAUGAGGGCCAUGGCAGAGGAGAGAUAUGGGAAGGACCUGGUGACAAUAUCCCGUAAAGCUGGGGGGCAGACAGAGAUCAGCACUCUGAAAGCCUCCUUUGAUCAACUUAAAACACAAAUUGAAAACAUCGGGAAUCUGCAUAUCCACCUAUCCGGAAUGUUACGGGAAGAGGUCAAGAAGAUGGAAAUAUUCAGAGAGAGGCAGAAAGAUCAGAGGAAAAAGUUUGAGGGGAUUAUGGAGAAAGUUCAGAAGAUGAAGGUGUCCUUAUACAAGAAGACCAUGGAGUCUAAGAAGUCCUAUGAGCAGAAAUGUAAAGAAGCAGACGAGGCAGAGCAGGUUGCUGACAGGAGCACCACAGCCACAGCCCCCAAGCAGUCUGAGAAGGUACAACACAAGGCCAAGCAAUGCAGGCAAGCCGCCACUGAAGCAGAGAAACAAUACAUGUUGAACAUAGAGCAGCUGGAGAGAGUUCGUCAGGACUGGGAGGGAACACACAAGAGCACAUGUGAGGUGUUUCAGCAGCAGGAGGGGGACCGCAUCACUAUCCUGAGGUGUGCCCUCUGGGACCACUGUAAUCACUUCUCUAUGCAAUGUGUCAAAGACGACGAGUUUUACGAGGAGGUGAGGAAUAUUCUGGAGACGUGUGACAUCACAGCAGAUAACAACUGUUUCAUAGAGUUGAAGACAACAGGUUCAAGUCCACCAGACCCCGUUGUGUUUGAGAACUACUAUGAGAGGGAGCCAUCGCCAAUGGGUGACAACAACGGCGGCGCUCACUGCGGAGGGGGAGGGGUCAGGAAAAGGUUCUCCAAUCUUCUGCCACGAAACUCUGGUUCAAAGAUGAGUAUCAGUGAGGCUUCAACUUCCCAGCCAGCAGCGCCACCUAGUGAUCAAACAGUACCUGAGAGUUCAGAUGGAGUGUAUGCGUCCAUACCUGGCUUCCAGUCUGCAGCUGCAGCGGCCCUGCCUGCAGUGACAACCGAUGAGAAUGAUGAUGAUGAUACCUUCAUGGUGUUCUAUGACUACUCUGCACAGGACCCAGAUGAGCUGUCAGUGUCUAAAGGGGAUGUGGUGGUGGUGAUAGAACAGAGUGAAGACGGCUGGUGGACAGUGGAGAGAAACGGACAGGUUGGGCUGGUACCUGGCUCCUACCUGGCCAAAGUAUAGACAUAGUCACACACACAUUCAUGCAUGGACACACACACGCGCACACACACACAUACUCAUGCACAAUCACACAUACAUACCGUAGUUCUUCAAAACCUUAGUAUGCGGAGUACCCUUUCUGCUUCUUACUCAGAUGUUCUGAUCCUUUGUUCAAGACUUUUCAGAAAUAGAUUAUCCGGCAGUAGAGAUGACUCCCUGAACUGACUUGGAACAUGAGUCAUGACUGUGUGUUCCCCAUGAACUAUUUUUCUAUGCUGCACCAGAGAUUGUCAGUCUUUUUCACCCAAAAGGCCUACUACAUACAGUGCAUUCGGAAAGUAUUCAGACCCCUUGACUUUUUCCACAUUUUGUUAUGUAACAGCCUUA